AUGGAAAAAUCGUUCCAAUUCAAUCUGCUAGAGAGUGGCGUACAGCUAAGUCCAGAACACAAAGAGCUUCUGAUGAAAUGGGGCUUGGAUCGAUCCUUGAGCAAGCACAAGUUCAAUUUUGAUCAGCCCAUGCAAAUUUAUGAAAUCGAAAAUUUUAUUUACAGUCUUUUGAGAAGCCAAGCAGUCUCUGCAUCUCUGGGAGUUGCUGGCCUGGAUAUCGUGAAAGUUAAGUUUGAAAAGUUGACCUGCAAUAACACUACCCUGGAUCUGUUCAAUGUUCUAAAAGAAGGCUCCAUUGCUCCUGUAAGGCCCGACGGGAGUAUCAAUGGCUGUUUCCCAGACAAAUUUCAAGACGUCAAUUGUGAAACUGAGCUACACAUGGCACUUUUGAACGAGGACUCCGAUCAAUACUGCUUGUUUUCGGAUGAAGACCGGAACGAGUUUCUGUUCCGACUCUUUCAAUUGGUAGUCAUCGGAGGAUCUUUGUGUCAAUACGAGAACUUACUGCAACCGUACUUGGACGUAACUAAGCAACUCUACAAAUCGCUUGUCAGCGUGUACAAAAACAAAAGUGAGAACAAUAAACUGAUGGUCUCAUCUUCAGUUUUUGAGGUCAAAGAAGUCUCUAGUGAAGACGGGGAAUCUUUUUUUCCUGCGUCAUCUUGGAAAGACGAGCAUGUACAAACAGUUUGUUAUGUAAUAGUUGACCCUGAGAAAAGACAUGUAACAAUUUUGACCAACAAGCACAUUCCUUUCUGGUAA